AAGAGAGCAAAAGCAUCCACACAACCCAAGAGAGAAGGAAGGAAGAGAGCAGUCCGCAGGUUCGUUCUUCAGUGUGUAGUGCUGAUUGUUUGAGCCAUAACUUGAGAUUGACUCGUCCAAUUAAGGCGUAUAAGGUACCAAAAGAAAGCUCUCAAGACGAGGAAUCUGUGAAGGUCUGGUUUGCAUCAAUCGGAGUAGUGGAAGGCUUCCAAAUCGUCCGAGCAAAACACAACCUUGCAGGAACGGAUUUACUCUCCUAAAUCUCAAACUAGAUCAGAUCAGAUCAAACAGAUCAAACUAGAUCGGACCAGACCAGACUCGUACGUAGUUGUAAAAAACACAGAGACUAGACGUUUAUUAGAUCAGACCAAUUGCAACCAAACUAGAUCAGACAAGUUCAGACUAAAUGAUGAGUCUGUAUUUAAACACGCAUUGGAUGCAUGUUGGAGUCGGAUUUUGAUGGUUUUCCUUGCUUUAAGGUAUUGCAAGCCUCAAUUUUAGCUCAAGUUGUGAUUACCAGGCGUUGGGUCGAGUAUUGUUGCAUUUGGAGUCAAAUUAAAGAAGUUAGAGUCUGGCAAUCGGCGCUUGAGAGACAAUCGGGAGGAGAUAGAGAGCAUUCAAGAGAGAUUUGAGAAACUUGGAGGUCACCGGUAGGAUCAUGGCAAAGAAUGGAUGAAGAAAUGGUCUUUGGAACGAUUAUUGAAGCGUCCCGGAGCAUUUGGAACAAGAAAAGACAAGUUUUGAGGAGGAAGAGGGCAGGCACGGUCGUGCCUCUCUUUAGGCACGCCGUGCCUGCAGUACAAAAAUGUACCUGGUCGAUGGAAAGGAAGGCACGCCGUGCAUGGCCCUUAGGCACACCGUGCCUAAAGAAGAAAUUUGUACCGAGUUGCUGGAAUGGCCAGGCACGCCGUGCCUGCAUGGAGGCACGCCGUGCCUGGACCCAAAGUUACGAAACACGGGCUUGCUCGGCAGCCACGGCCGUGCUUGACCCCUGGGCACGCCGUGCCUGACCCCGUUUUUAGUCCCCUAAUUCAACCCAAACUCAUCUUUUUUAUAAAUAAGGCCUCUAUAACCCCAUUUCGGGUGUUACGAACAUUACGGAGAGGCCUAGGGACGAAUUUAACACCGUUUUUACGCUAUUUUCUUCCAAGA